CCCCCGAUAUAAACAGGAACUGACUUGCACUUAAGAGAAAUGAGUCUACAGAACCGCUGCUGACAUGUUGCAGGGAGUGAUUCUUGCAUGCCUAGUCGCCUGCAUUAUUCUACAAGAGAAGCGAUUCGAGGAAUUAGAAUCAGAACACAGCCAUUUAUGGAAUAAAGUAGAGGAUCUGACCCAGAAUGGCUCUUCGAAUAAAGUAGCCUUCACAGCCGGAACAUCUGGUGCAGGGAAUAUCGGGACCGGAAGUACAAUAGUGUUUCCGGUGGUGAUAAACAACGAAGGCGGUGGAUACAAUCCGGAUACCGGGGUAUUUACCGCCCCCAGAUCCGGCCAGUACGUCUUCUUUGUAAGUGCACAGGGCUAUGGAAGCGACACACUGUACGUGAGUAUCGUCCACAAUGGCGGUGCAAAGGUCAUGACUAUGUCGGACGGAGGGCGGGGGAAAGAUUUCUACGACUCCGGGACGAACUUGGCGGCUCUGAAUUUACAGCAGGGGGAUACAGUGUGGGCCAAGUGCCAGAGUGGGUCGUCAUUCUACAGCGAGGGAAUUCCUAUUACAACAUUUUCUGGUUUUCUCAUAUGAAAUAUGACGUCACCAACUACAUAGCUUUAAAAAUUAUGAUUCCAAUGAGCAUCUAUAGAGACUCUCUGAGAGUCUUACAUAAACUCGGACGUGUGCAUUUUUUAUGAACAUGUGACAAUAUGAAACUGGUAUGAAAGUGGGCGUCAUAUGGUUUAGCAAAGAUAAUGGUUUAACUAUAAAUGAAGUAAAGUUCAUAUAUUUUCAAAAAAAAAAAGAAUGCAUUACUGACGUCAACAUUAAUCUUUUGCAUUUUGAUAAAUAAAAGUUUAGGGGUUUAAUGUUACAAUAUAUGUUGGAAUUUUAUGCAACGGUUAUGUGUCGUAAAAUUGAUGUAAUUUUGUGAAAUUUUCUAAUUAGUUGAUUUCUACUGAAAAAAAUAUAAGCACAAUACUUAUAUUUUUAUAUUAGGCUAUUUGAUCAUUUGUGAACUGAAUUAAAACAUAUUCAAUUUAUAAAUGCAAAUGUAAUUAUUCUGGUAUAAAUGCAUUUUGAUUGUGUUCAUGAAUGUCGCUUACAUUCAAAUACCUGAAAUGUAAGAUUGACGAGAGAGAGAGAGAGAGAGAGAGAGAGAGAGAGAGAGAGAGAGAGAGAGAGAGAGAGAGAGAGUACAGGCAGCGGCAUCUAUUAUUCAAUUAUUCAUAAAACUGUGUCAAACAUUACUGUUUAAAGCCAUAAAUUAAGCCUAAAUUGUUUAUCUUUCAGCAAAAAAUUUAUAAACUAAUUAUUAUUUUACUUGUGUUAUGUGUUUCACCUCUAAAUAAUUGAAAUAUUUUUGCAGAGACAUGACCCUUUU